CUCACCUGUCAAGUGUAUGGACCAGUGAUGAUGUUUUAUCUUCUCAGCUUGAUUGGUUUUUUAAGUGUUGGAGCCUUUGGGGUCAUAAACACGAAUGGUUUUGAAGGUGUGCAGUCAGCGGCAGUUGUUCUCUUCAGCAUUGUCAACCUGCUCUGUAUGUUCUUCAUGUCAGAAGCUGGAGAUCAAUUAGCCCUCCAGAGUGGCAGUGUAGCAGCUCCCCUUGUCCAUGGUCCGUGGUAUGAAUGUUCCCCUCAGUUCCGCAAAAGUUUGGUGCUGGUGCUACAGAGAGUCAACACCAGAGUACAGGCUUGUGUCAUCGGAGUUCCCAGCAUGCCACUCAGUUGUACAACCUUCACAUGGGUAGGUUUAGCAGCUGUUAAUCGCAUUGAAUCUGUCUUGGAGUGUUUAAGUAGACAUCCUAUCUCUUGAGCCUCGACUUAUUAUUAAGGGGGACCUUGCUGUCUAAUGUGGACCAGCCACUUGGGGGUUUUCACUCCCAGACAAACCUCAAGAAACUUCACAAUCUGUGAGCCUGAUGACAGAUCCCCUUGAAAAUAGAUUUGAUUGAAAAAUUAAUUCAGACAAAUGGAAAUUUUCUUAGUCGGUAGGUUUGCUGUGCGGGGUUAUUUUAUUACUAUGAGCACUACCACUCAUCUUUUUCUUUUUUUUCUUUUUUUAAAAAAUGAGGUUGGCGGCCUCUUUUAACCUUGCA